AUGACCUGUAUCGACAUUAUCUCGACAGAACCGCUCUGCUUUUCUUCAUCCUAUGAGCAUUUGUAUAAAUCGAUCCGUCUUUUCUAUCCCCUUUCGACCUCUACGUUUUCGAGGAUGCUUCUACCACUCUGCGCGAUAACAGCCUUCCUUGCCUGCGUGCCAGGAAGCUUCGGACUACAGCCUUCAAUUUCUGCUGAUACUCCAGUGUCGUCUUUAAUCGCUUCCGCGAAAACGCAUCUUUCGAGUGGUUCUCCGCGUGACGCUUUGGUCUACCUUGAUGCAGCGAUCUCGAGGGACCCAACAAACUAUCUUACUGUUUUCCAGCGUGGCGCUACCUAUCUUUCAUUGGGGCGCCGGUCGCAAGCCCGUGAUGACUUUGACCGUGUCCUCCAGCUGAAGCCAAAUUUCGAGAGCGCUCUUCUUCAGAGAGCUCGUCUAAAGUCGAAUGUUGCCGACUGGUCGGGCGCUUUAGAUGACCUUGAGAAGGCUGGGAAAAAGGACUCGCCUGAAUAUAAAGAGCUCGAGGGCGCGCGGGGCGCUGCCACUCGGGCAUUGGAUGCAGAGAAGAGUGGCGCCUGGCAAACCUGCCUAAUUGAGGCGAGUACCGCUAUCACGAAGGCUAGCGCGUCUCUCAACCUGCGCCGAAGUCGGGCACAUUGUCGCUUUGAGAACGGCGAACUAGAGGAAGGAAUUAGCGACCUCGUGCAUACGUUGCAAAUCUCACCAGGCUUGAUAGACCCGCACUUGCAGAUCUCAUCCAUGCUUUUCUAUACCCUCAAUGACAGUGAUCGAGGACUUUCACAGAUACGCAAAUGCUUGCAUUCGGACCCGGAUUCAAAACCGUGCAACAAGCUCUACCGGAGGGAAAAGCAGCUAGAUAAGCGGAUUCGAAAACUACAGGAUUCUGUAGCUGCGCGAAAAUUUAAUAAUGCUCUGAACCUCCUAGUCGGUUUCGACGGGGAGCCUGGGCUUAUCGAAGAUGUCCAAGGUGAUGUGAAACAGGCCAGAGAAACAGGCCACAUUUUUUCUGAAUCCCAGGGUCUCCUCUAUGCGACGCUGAUUGAACGAACCUGCGAGGCGUACAACGAGGUACAAAUGCCGAAACGCGCAUCUUCUUUCUGCGCCGAGUCUCUUGGGUUGGAUCCCCAUUCUCUGCCGGCACUCUUAUUCGAUGCCCAGGCUGCUCUGGAUGAGGAUAGAUUCGAUGACGCGAUACGUGCGCUUAACACGGCCAAAGAACAUCACCCCCAAUCAAAAGAGGCUCAGAAUCUCUUCCAGAAAGUCACGAUUCUACAGAAGCGCUCUAAACAGAAGGAUUAUUACAAGGUCCUUGGUGUCGGCAGGGAUGCUGAUGAGAGGGCGAUCAAGCGAGCUUACCGAGAGCUGGUGAAACAGCAUCACCCUGAUAAGGCCUUGGCCCAGGGUGUUACGAAGGAGACAGCUGAGAAGAAAAUGGCCGGCAUUAACGAGGCUUACGAAGUCCUUUCCGACGCCGAAACCAGGGCACAGUAUGAUAAUGGCGUUGAUCCCAAUGACCCAGAGUCACCAAGGCAACAUCCUUUCCAGGGCAACCCUUUUGGUGGGGGUCAGCAAUUCUUCUUCCAGCAGGGCGGUGGUCCGCAGUUUAAAUUCUCUUCAGGGCAGGGAUUCAACUUCCCUGGCGGUUUCCCGUUCUAG